CACUCAGAUACACAGCAAACACUCAAGCAACAACAAAGCAAAGCACUCCAACAAAAACACAUCUCCCAAUCUCCCAAUUCUACUACAAGAUCCACUCUGACAUCUUCUUUUAAACCACAAAAACAACAACACCCAACAAUCACAAUGGCUUUCUUCCCUCGCACUUUCUACCACCCCACCGAGGCCUCUCUCACGCCUCUCUUCCGUCUCCUUGACGACUUUGACACCUACAGCCGACAGAACGGAAGAAGCUGCCAUGUCCGCCGCCAGCCAGUUCCUCAGUGGCAGCCCAAGUUUGAUGUGCGCGAGACCACCGGGGCCUACGAGCUCCACGGUGAGCUUCCCGGCAUAGGCAAGGAGAACGUCCACAUUGAGUUCUCCGACGCCCAGACUUUAGUUGUCAGCGGCAAGACUGAGCGCACAUACACUGCUGGCACAUCGCCCUCUGCUUCCACCGAAAACACUCCUUCUACAGAGACUGCUUCUGAGAAGGCCGAGUCUGUGCGCUCCCAUCAGGCCACUGUCGAAGAUGAAGACGAGGCCAGCGAGCACGAGUCGGGCUUUGAAGUUGUCACCACCGAAGAGGAGAAGAAGCCCGAGAACAAGGCUCCCCAGCAACCCGCCGACAAGGCCAAGUACUGGCUCACUGAGCGCAGCAUCGGCCAGUUCUCGCGCAGCUUCCACUUCCCUACUCUGGUUGAGCACGAGGAAGUCAGUGCUCGCUUCCAGGACGGCAUUCUGAGCAUCACCGUCCCCAAGGCAAAGAAGCACGAGGCCCACCGCAUCUUCAUCAACUAAACCAUCUUACAACUCGGAAAGACACAUUACCGCGCAAUGUCAUACUACAAUCUACCUUGGGAUUAGCUUUGCUGUCUGCCUUUCUCGAUUGCAUCAAUGGGAGUUGGGGGGAUUUGGGAUCAAUGGAUUAUUUUCAACGUCUGCACUUGUUUGGAACUGGCUUUCUUUUGGUGACUAGCAUAUAGAGCAAUAACUGCAAUAAUACACUCUUUUUUCUUCUUCUCAUUAAACAAA